AAGGUUGUAAUGUAGCUCUGGGUACCAUUAGACUUAUGAUCUUGCUUCUACUUCCUGAGUUCUGGAACUCAGGGUUUUUUGCAUGCUAGGUACUCUACAGACUGAGACACAUUCCCAGCACCUUUGGAAAUAUGAGUCUAAGUGUUACCCCUCCCCCCUUAAAUUACAAUCCACAUUAAGAGACUUAAAAAAAGGGCAGCCUAGAACAGAAGCACACCAAACGUAUGUGAAACCAUUCUAACGGUAGUUGCCUUUAGCGUGCACAGGACACCUUGAUAUACAUUUUAAAUCUAGAGUUCACCUUCCUAGAUACGAUUUCCUGCGGUUUGAAACACUGAUCUGGGGCAGGUGGCUCCCACUGGACUUGCUGACCCAGGCUGCAGCUGGUUGGUAAAGUGAAGCACAAGAGGGAGCGGCUUAGUCUCCCUCUGCGAGGUUAGUUAAAGCCAAGGCUCCAUUAGGGCUUCAGAACCCCAGAGAGGAUGUUGCUUGUGAAAAGGAGAGGCAGGAGGAACCUUGCUGCAGGCCUAAUAAACAUGUCUUCUCCGUCCCCUUUCACGCCUGUUUUGUGCCAGAUGUAGUUAGCCUCUUUACACGACUUCUUUUGGGGCGGUUUGUGGCGGAGGGGCGAGUGGGAGUGUCUUAAGGCUGUGCUUCUAUUCCACCGUCUGACUUCAAAUAGCUUGGAUCUUAAGCCCCAAGAGUGAGGUCCCGUUCUGGGCUGAGCCUUUGGUGUGUCACACCACUGCAUCCUCGCAAAGACCCUAGAGAGGAUCUUCCCACUUAACAGAGGAACAGGUACUCCACCGCUCCGGGAACUAACUGACUACAUUUGGUGACCUGUUUCUGUCCAGUGCCCCUGAGGGCUCAGCUGCUGGGUCUGAAGGAAGCCUCGCUAUGAAUGACCGAAGCAACCGUAGGCGGACAAUGAAGGACGAAGAGACCUUUGAGAUCUCCAUCCCCUUCGAAGAGGCACCCCACUUAGACUCACAGAUUUUCUACAGUCUGAGUCCCUCUCGGAGAAAUUUUGAGGAGCCUCCAGAGGCCACCUCCCCAACCCUGACCCUGAUGAACAGCGUUAAGGCCCAGCUGCACAUGGCCCUGGAAAGGAACUCAUGGCUGCAGAAGCGCAUUGAGGACCUGGAGGAGGAGAGGGACUUUUUGCGGUGUCAGCUGGACAAGUUCAUUUCCUCGGCCCGGAUGGAUGCAGAGGACCACUGCCGGAUGAAGCCUGGGCCACGGAGGGUUGAUGGGGACAGCCGGGCUGGGGUUGGGGGAGAAGCCUCAGACCCUGAGUCGGCAGCCUCCUCCUUCAGUGGGGCAUCUGACGAGGGCAGUGCCAGUGAAAGGAAGAGGCAGAAGCAGAAGGGAAGUACUGGCCGGAGGCGAUUUGGGAAGCCCAAGGCGCGAGAGAGGCAGCGGGUGAAGGACGCUGACGGGGUCCUCUGCCGCUACAAGAAGAUCCUGGGCACCUUCCAGAAGCUGAAGAGCAUGUCUCGAGCCUUUGAGCACCACCGUGUGGACCGGAACACGGUGGCGCUGACCACGCCCAUCGCGGAGCUGCUCAUUGUGGCUCCCGAAAAGCUGGCUGAGGUGGGAGAGUUCGAUCCGUCCAAGGAGCGCCUGCUGGAGUACUCCCGCCGCUGCUUCCUGGCGCUGGACGACGAGACUCUCAAGAAGGUGCAGGCUCUAAAAAAGAGCAAGCUGCUCCUGCCCAUAACCUACCGCUUCAAGCGGUGAUGCCGCCGCCCGGCCCACCUCCCCGCCCCGCAGACGGCUCGCUAGCCCGGGGCGCCGCCAGGGCCAGAUGCUGCCCUUUCCUGAGCACUGGGCCCUGCCCCUCGGCCGCCCACGCUGGGCACGCCAUCUCCAUUCCACUCCGCAAGGACGGCCACUCGGCCUCCCUAGCCAGGAGUAGCCCAUUUGCAUCUCACAUGAAGACAGAGCAUUAUUCAGAUAAUUUAAAUUAAAG